AUGGGACGCAUUUCGUCUAAUAUUAAAGAAGGAAGUAAGGUCACUAUUUUGGGAUCAGUUGUAGGCAACAAUAUUGCUCAUCCACUUCUAGGAGCUAUAUGGAAAACCAAACGACUCUCCGCAACAAUUUUACAGGCAGCAAGUGGUACUAAUCGUUGGGUUCUUAGUCUUGACGAUAGUCUAGAGACAGAAAUUGAAGUAUCAGCAGGCCGUAUGAAGUUAGUAGCUGCUUCUGCAUGA